AUGAUAUUCUCUAUUCAGCUCAAUCUCAUUUAUAACAGCUAUAGGAGAAAGAUGAACCAAAAGAAGAAAAAACAUGUAGGAGUCUGCCAUCCUCACCAAAUUUCUGGCAAACAGAUGGGUUCAUCUCUUCACAAACCAGCCUCUUCCUUCUUUGUGAAUCCUGCAGUACUGAAGGGCUUAACCCAAACACAAAAAAACUACCUGAGAAGCAUUAUGAAAGUUUAUGAUUCCAAGCCCCAAUUGCAGACCCUGAAAAGGAGGUAUAUUCUCACUCUUAUCUACAAACAUAGCCUAGGUUAUAUUUCAAAACAGGAUGUCAUGUCUUAUAUGGCUGCUAUUGAUCACUAUACUAAAAGACCCAUCGAGUGCAGAAGAAAAAAAAGCAAGUCUCCGAAGACCCCUUCACCCUCCUCUUUGAGAAAAUCUCUGUCCUCACAUUCAUCCUCUACCAUUAAGAAACACUCUUAG